AUGGGUGAUCCAUUAUCUAUUGCCAGCGGCGUCGCCGGUCUCGUUUCACUCGGCCUUAUCGUCUGCGAUGGCCUUCACACUUACUUCAGCGCUAUCAAGGACAGAAAGGAUGAUCUCGCAAUUGUCACACAGAACUUGGCCCUGUUCAAAUUCCAUAUUUUCGCCGUCCAAUCAAGUGCAUCAAAGCUUGGUCAUCAUCAUUCUCCAGCCAUCAAUGGCCUACAACUUAGUCUGGUCAAUUGCGAAAUGCAGCUUAAAUGUCUUGAAUCGUUACUCAAUGAGUUGAUGCCGACUGAACAUCCAUCGUUGUCCAAAGAUAUUUGGAGAAGACAGAAACUAAUUUCGCGAUACCCCUUUCAUCGCAAGAAGCUGGUGCAGCUGGAAGAGUAUCUCUCACGAGCAAACACUACUCUGAGCAGUUUUAUACAAGCCCUCAACCUACUCGACGUCGUUGGCCCCAAAGUAGAACCUAGUGCCCUUCAACUUCUUUCAUCCCGAGUAGAAGAUGUUGCAGCCUCCAGCAACAACAGUAUUGUGUUGCAGCAGACGGCCGUCGAAGUCGCAGAGUGGAAGACUUCGUUCCCUGGAAAUGAGCGACGUUUCGAGGAUUUCGCCAUGGCUCACUCCAAGUCUCGUUAUCUACAGAAUGCGGAACUAGAAAGAAACUUCUCAGUCGCCCUGCAAGUCCCCUGUAACGUUGUCGAGAACAGCCCAGCUUUCCAACUCUUUCGUAUCCGGCCAGGAACUAUCAAUGAUAUGUCUGGUCCUGAUAAAAGCGGUCUUGGUCCGGGUCAAUUUUCGGAAAGCAUUAUCAAUGAGCUAAAAGCUAUCUACCGAUCCGGCAGGGCAUCACCCUUCGAUGUCGACCAGUUCGGCAAUAACAUUGCCUUCAUUUGUCUACAGGCUUGGUUGGCCCACUUCAGCUACAUGGAGGAAUCAAAGUCCAGUGACAUAACAAUCAAUGCCAUUCGUAAUAUGUUGACCUAUCUGGCCGACAUUGGCGUUCCUAUCGCGGCAUCGAAUUUUUUUCAAGUGUUGGUCACGAACCUCGAUUCAAAUUUUGACCACGCCGGACUUUAUCGUGAUGGGGGCCCGCAGCCUGCGUAUAUCUGGCGUGCAAAUGGAGAACGAGUAGAAAGCGUACGUUCCUUGAUGGACAUGCCCUCAGCGCCUUAUCAUCAUCUCAGACCACUAGACUUUGCUCUAUUCCACAGCAGGACUCUCUGUAGUGCUCCGGACCAGUGGACUGAUUGUGAUGAGUGCACUUGCUGCCUUUCUGUUCGAUUACUGCUCGAGGCUGAUUGCAAUGUUGCAGUCGGUCCAUCGUGUCCCCAGGUCCUAGCUGGUUGUUCCUUGAAGGCUCGAAGAUUGUUCUUUGAGCAUCUCAAGAAUAGGCGUCAGCGAUUACGGAAUCUUGCUAUUGCUGUCCUUUCCGAAGAAACCCUACGUCGAUAUGGAGUUACCGCAAGUUCCUUACCUGACAAGACUGCUCCCCUGAUAUGGGUUGAAUUGCAGGAAACCAAGGAUCGGUGGGAGUCUCUAUCAGUGUGUCUCAGUGAUGGUCUUGAGCCUUACAGAGGCUUUAAACCCGAGAGCUUUUUCGCUUUUCCUCAUGCAUUAAAGGUUGCAGAGUUGGCAGCCGAUUACGGUUUCAUGCCUAAGGAUGAAAGCGGGGUUCCAACACUUCUGUCUGGCAGUCACAUAUUGGAUGUUUCAAGACCUGUCACUAUACGUUAUCUGGAUUGGUUACUUCAGUAUGAUCUGAAGCUAGACCUCUCAUUGAAUGCCUUCCGACUUUCCGCCCUUCAUCGUAUUGCAGUCUUUAUUGGGGACCGGAUACACGAAUCUCUUAAUCAGGCUAAAGCCCUCCAUCUGCCGCUCCAUAACGUCUCUGUAUCGGAGUUGCAAGAUGCAAGGGCAUUGCUAGCAGCGGUAUGCCACAGCGAGGCCAUAUGCAAUAUUCCAUGUCCCUGUUCAUCGGGCAUCUUUAGCCGGCCUUUGGCACAUGUCUUGCCCGCAAUGCUUCUAUAUCAGGAUCGCAGGAACUCGACGUACUUUUUUGAGAACAUGACAGAGAAUAUCGAAUUUGUGGUGCGUUCUAUUGAUCUGUUCAAGCUCUCAACGGUCAGGUUUGAACAGCUCUAUAUGGCGAAAUGCGCAAUUCAUAUUUUGACUAUGAUGUCCUUGAGGGUAAGGCAUUUAUCAAUCUGCAUAAGUGAUGGUGAAUGUUACCUAGAGGAUUCAGAUGAUGAUGAAGAAUGGAGGGAAAUAUUAGACGAGGACCGUGAUUUGAUCGGUCAGCUUGAAGCACUUGACGAAGAGUUUGGAGAGGCUUUUGAUCGUCAAAAUGGCGCUAUAUCAGAGUUUCUCUCGGGCUACUGGCUGACAAGGAUGGAAGAGGUCCUCAGGGACUUGAGCAAACCUCUAUCUGAUGAUGACAGAUAUAAUCUGUUGGGGGCCGGGGUAGUGUCGGACGAGGACACGACUGAUGGUUCUGAAUGUCGUGUUGAGUGUACGGGAUGA